GACACAUGUAAACAGGUGUAUAUUCAGGUGCUCUCAGCAUCCCUGCCAUCUGGUCCAGAUGGAGUCCUCAACCAUGCCCGAGUCUUCAACCAUCUAUUUUGAUUAUGACUCUCAGAGCAUUCUGUGUGAGAAGAAUAUCAUACUUGCCACCUUUGCCACCACCAUCUUGUAUUGCCUCGUGUUGUUCCUCAGUCUGGUGGGCAACAGCCUGGUGUUGUGGGUCCUGGUGAAGUAUGAGAACCUUGAGUCCCUCACCAACAUCUUCAUCCUCAACCUGUGCCUCUCAGACCUAAUGUUCUCCUGGUUGUUGCCUGUGUGGAUCUUAGCACACCAUCGGGGUUGGGUGCUGGGAGAUUUCCUCUGCAAGUUUCUCAGCAUGAUCUUCUCCAUCAGCCUGUAUAGCAGCAUCUUCUUCCUCACCAUCAUGACCAUCCACCGCUACCUGUCUGUGGUGAAUCCCCUCUCGACCCUGGGUGUCUACACUCUCCGCUGCCGUGUACUGGUAGUCACAGCUGUGUGGGCAGCCAGCAUCUUGUCCUCCAUCCCUGAUGCCAUCUUCCACAAGGUGAUUUCCUCGGAGUGUGAUUAUUUUGAACUCCAGGGGUUCCUAGGCUCUGUCUACCAGCACAACAUCUUCUUCUUGGUCUCCAUGGGGAUCAUCCUGUUUUGCAACGUGCAGAUUCUCAGGACCCUGUUCCGCUCGAGGUCCAAACAGCGGCACCGCACAGUGAGGCUCAUCUUCACCAUUGUGGUGGCCUACUUCCUUAGCUGGGCUCCCUACAACCUCAUCCUAUUCCUGCAGACGCUAUUGAAAACUGGGGUCAUCCAGAGUUGCAAGGUCGUCUUGCAGCUGGAUUUUGCCAUGCUCAUCUGCAAAAAUUUGGCCUUCUCCCACUGCUGCUUCAACCCGGUACUCUAUGUCUUUGUGGGGGUUAAGUUCCGUAAACACCUCAAAAAUCUCCUCCGAGAGGUCUGGCUUUGCCGGGAGCAGAUGCCCAGCCCUGGCCCAUUCCUCCACUCUCCUGGCGCCUUCACAUAUGAGGGCCCUUCCUUCUACUGAGGACCGCUGGAUGGUGCAUGUGGAGGUGGUCAAGAGAACUGGAAGGGAGCAAGGAGAAGGUGACCAGGCAGAAACAUCACAGAAGACCUAACAGUGGGGAAGCCACCUACCACUGCAAGGGUGGGGAGGAAAAAGGUCAUGACACCUGUGUGUUCUCUGUGCCCCUCCUCCGAGGGAAAGUGGCUUCCAAUCUGAACAUUGUAUAUUGCCAUUGCACUCUGAGUUCAUCAUUCCUUCCUUCAGCUAGAUAUCAAUUAUUCAUCAGUGGUUGGUCAGAAGGUUCUAAACCAUAAAAGAAUUUCAGGAAAGUAGGGUCUAGAGCUCAAUGUGAGUGAUAAUUUUGUAGUGCCGGUUGUUGGCAAGAGUCUCCCCUUUCUUGACUGUAGGGAUGUCCCAGUUGAUUCAUUCACUUUAGAGGGAGCUGGCUCUGUAUUCCCUAGUGACUGUCUGCAGGAAAAGAGUAACCACAUCCUCAAAUAAGCACAAUCACAAUGAAACCUGGAUUCUAAAAACCCAUAACUAGGCUGAAGAUGGUUCUGCAUCCUGGUUCCAGCUCCUACCACAUAAACUGACUCUUCAACAUUUAGAUCAUGAAUACCGGAUUGAAGGAAUAAAUGUAAUACGUACUGCCUUUGGAGGAUACAAAGAUGAACAGGGCGUAGUUGCUGACUUUCAGAUGCCAAUGGCCCAGCCCUGAAGGCCCAGAUGAGAUAACCCCCCAUUGGCAAAGGCAUGCAGAUGGAACGAACAUUCCUCCAACCUCUGGUCCCUUCUAAGUGGCGAGAGAUUGACUUCGCCCCAGUCACUUUCCACUUAAAAUGUGCACCUCCUACUUGGUUGAUGGUACCAAUUAUUUUCAUUGCCUACUCUCCAAACCCUGACUCCUCUAGGAAGCCUGCAUUUCCUGUCCUUAAAGCCUCACAGCCAGGUCCUACACAUUCUGUCUUCCAGCGUUUCUCCAUGCUGUUCUUGUCAUUGCACCCAUGACUUCAUCCCCAAAAUGGCCUCAGUCCUCCUCCUCUUCCUGCUGCUCCUCUCACAACCAGACUGUCCAGGGGUCUUCAGAAACCCUCACUGACUCCUCAUGACUUACAGAUAAAGUGCAAACACCUUGGCAAGACAUUCAAAGCCUCCUCCUUUUCCAUUCUUAUUCUACUUUAAGUCCCCUGCCCCAAGCAGCUUCAGACGCAACCACAAAAGCCCAUGGCCUUCUUCCAUACACCUUCUCCCCAGUUUUCUGACUCUGGGUAUUUGUCACGCUUUCAUCUGGGUCUCAAGUUCUGGUCCUUCUCCUCUCUUGCCUCUAAGUCCCAGCUCAAAGAUCAGCUCCUCCAGGAAUCCCUCCACAGCCCGCAAAUCAGAAGGGCACAUUCUGGGUUGCUCUGGCACUCUGUCCCCUUUUGAAUGGCAAUUGUCACUCUCCAUCUUGUGUUGUAGUAACACACAUAAAUGUCUUAUCUCACUGCCUAAUCAGAUUACAGAUUGCUUGAGGGCAGGAAACUGAUCUUGAGCCCUGGUGUUCUAUGGCAGGACGUAAGUCCUUCAGAUUUAGGCUCUUUGGGCAGGGGGAUGCCACAGAGCAGUUUACUUUCUUUGUCCCAUGUUGCUUCUUUAUAAAUACUAACCCUCUUUCCCAGGCCUCUCUGUGUCAAUGGCUGUUCCCUACCUUACCUUCUAGUUAGUGGUCUGCAGGUCUACUUGUGUCCCAUCACUUUAUACUCAAGGCACAGAUAUAAGUCACUCUCUAAACUUUUACAUACCAUAAAGACCUGAGCCCAAUGUGUUAAACUGAUUCAGCUCUGGAGUGGGUGUUGGGGAAAGAUCCUUAUAUAAUUCUGACAUGUACCCCAGUUAGGAUCAUGUGGCUACUGUUGCUUGCUCCAGGUUCUUUCACACUCUCUUGAGUAGGACUUUACACCCAGAAGUCGCUCAAUAUCUGCUUUUAAAGUAAGUGGCUAACAUAACCCUCAUCUAGAGCCUAGCAAUCACCAGGCAGUUUUCCUUUCAGUCUCAGCUACAAUUUUAAUUUUAAGUUGCUAUUGGGUGGUUAGCUCAGGGGGAGACUAGCAGAUCUUCCUAGGGAAGGGUGAGGAUUUAGUUUUAAUAAUAAAGCCAGUAGCACCUGAUAGAGAGAAUUGGGUGAUGCUGCCACAGUGAAGGACAAGAAGCUAACUCCUAGGUGGGGUGAUCACUCAUCACUGAGGGAAGAAACAGCAGAAGGAAGGAGAUAACAAGAUGGUCUGAGGGGUCAGAACUAAGCCUCUGACUGCUCCUGAAACAUAAAAAAAAAAAAAAAAUCCACAGUGUUCCCCAAGGAAAGUCCUUUUCCCAGAAUUUCCUCCUGUACACUCUCCCAGACAGAACCAGGAAGAGACCAGCCUCACUGAUCUCUGAAACAGAGCAUGUCCCCAAGUCCAGGGCAACCUCAGACCUCAAAUGGUCCCAGUGAAAGUGAAACUCCUGGAGGUUACACACUCAGUUUCUGGAAACUUCCCCAGUGCCCUGCAAUGUUUGUGUUUUGUCAAGUGAACGGAUAGCAGACCCCCUUUUGACUUUGAUCCUUCCAUUUCCUCUUUCCACACUUACCUACCUGAUGUCUUCCAGUCAACACCAGGUCUUCUCAUGAACCUCUUCUCUAGGAUCCACCAGCCCACGAAUGGACUGGUUCAUGUGGAACUAAGUUCUGCUAAACUCCUGACAACUUUGAUUUGUGAGACAGGACAAAGAGACCCACAAGGAAAACCCAGAAGAAGAAAUUCCCAAAGUAAACUGCCUGAGAAGGCUCAUGGCAUUUGAACCCUUGGCCUAAACAUCAGUCAAAGUAUUUGCCUUACCCACUGUGAUCUUGGAGCCUCAAUUUCCUGGUGUGUAAAACUGUAGAGAAGCCAACACACAGACUCACCCAUAUCACAGGGAUGUGCAUGAGGUCAUAUGUGUACAGUUCUUAAUUUGCAAACCAUUCUUCCCUGGAUAAAUAUGAAUUACCAUGCAAUUGUUUCAUAAAGACUGAAAGCUUCACUGUUUAUGUGCACAAGUAAAAGAUCACCUUGCAU